AUGAAACUCUUGAGAAGUCUAACCAUAGCUGGGGUCUAUGCGGGCUGGCCGCAGAAGUUUGAGAAUAUCAAGGAAGAGGAUGAAACAAAAGCAUCGACUCUAUCUGACUUCUGCACCGAGGAAAUCAUUCGAGUCAGGGACGCUCAUCCCGUAGAAAAUGGUUUUUGGGAAUGCUCAGGUCUCAAUGAAAGCGUCAGUAAAAUGAUUUGCAAGGCCAAAUGCAAUCUUGGAAAUCUGAACAAAAAGGGAGCAGAAAUCCGCGUCAAAUGCAAGAACAGCCCGAGUCUCCAAUUCAAAAAAUUCAACGAAAAUGACGAGCUCAAAUGCGAAAUAGCACCAAACUCGUGCGAGGGGCCGAUUUCAGAGCUUGAUAUUAUCAAAGGAAGAUUGGAACUUGUCUCUUCAAGUGCUAGAAAGGGCGACAAAUACGAUUUGAUCUGUGAUACUGGCGCGGUUGUCGGAUCGGUAAAAUGCACAAAUGGAAAGGUUUCUUCGAAAAUACCCGAUUUCGAGAGCGCUUGCGAUCGGUUCGUUUGCGAUCCAGCUGAUGCCCUUGACGAGUUUCCGAUCGGCCUUGGUGUUUGGAACUGCAAAUCGAAGAAAGGCAAACUCACAUGCAAAGCUGAAUGCGGAAUGUCACCGAGAAAUGACAAUAUUCGAUUUGAAAUCAAAUGCGACAUUUCUGGCUGGUACAUUCACAAGAAACCUGAAUUUUCUGAUGAUGUCUGCCCGUCUGAGGAACCCACGGAAGAACCUGUAACUUAUCCUACUCCAGAUGGUUUUGAGCCAAUCGUAGAUACGAUUCAAUCAGGCCUACAGCUCUGUUCGAGCGAAGAUAAUUUUCCGGGCGCGAGCUCUAGAAAUGUCGAAGCAAGCAAGAUUGUCGGCGGAAUCGAUGCUGACAACAAUGCCUGGCCCUUUAUCGUCCGAUUCAGCAUCACCGUUCGGAAUAAUCCAUCGCGUUACACCUGCGGAGGAGUAGUUGUUCAUAACCACUGGGUACUCACAGCCGGUCAUUGCUGCCAGAACAACGUCAAUGGGAUGCAAGCAACCUUUGGCGAUCGAUUGAAAAACGAUCCUGACAGUAAUGAAUACACUCUUGACGCGGCAGACUGGUUCCGUCAUCCACUUUGGGGCGAUGCCAGUGAUGGAACUGGGGGAAACCAAGAUUGGUGCAUGGUCAAAUUCAACGAAGACAUCAUCGCAAAUGACCCAGAUGGUCUUGUCGGCAUCCCAUGUCUGCCAGACGUGAAUCCGAUCCCUUCACAACAUGGCAAAGCUUGUUGGCUCGCUGGUUGGGGAAGGACUGAAGAUGGCCAGUUGGCGAAUGUUCUUCAAUCGACGGGAAUCAACGUUCUCGACCAUGAAUAUUGCAUCGAAAAAGGCAAUAAAGAAUUCCUGGAAGUCGAUGAUAUCUGCGCAGCCGUUCCAGAUAUGGACAAUGAUGGAGAUGUUGAUGGAGGAAAAGAUUCUUGCUCAGGUGAUUCUGGAGGACCUCUUAUUUGCCCCAUCGACGGAAAAGCUAUGAUCAUCGGUACAGUUUCAAGGGCAGUUGGCUGCGCCUUGGAAGGCUUCCCUGGUCUCAAUACAAGCACAUUCAUUGGCAGAAAUUGGAUGAGAAAUAUCAUCAUUAAUAACUCAUAA